AUGCACUGGAUACUUCCGUGUCUUGAACAUGGUGUCACUUUUCUCUUUAACGUCACUGACGAUGCGGCUGGAAGACAAAGUUCUAUGACCAGUUGUAUCGCAUGGAGAUAUCACAAUAUCGUCUUUGCUUUCAAGUGUUCCAGCUCAGCAAACCAUUUGGCGCCGCACUUAUUCAAGACUACACCAAUUCAACUCAGGCGUGCAUAUCUCUGUAAUUUUAAUGCCGUGUCGUUUUUCCUGCGUCGGGUAGCAAACUAUUUGGCAGUAGAAGUGCUAACAACUGAUCGGGUGCUGAUGCUGUUUUACGUCUUGGAACUCGAUCCAAUGCAGACCAGAAUGACUGUUGCAUUCAAGAUCGACAAAGCACCACAUGCGAUCGCACGCAAGACAUUCAAAUUAUCUGCGUCAGGACAACGGCGGCGAGUCACACUGUUGUCGCCAUGA